AUGUCUGAACAAAAAGUUGCAGAGAACAUUUCUUUCGGUGCGGAAUAUAAUACUGAAAAGUCGCCUUCAACUCAAAAUGAUAAUUCUGAUUGUCAUCACUACAUUGAUAAACGUCAAAAACACAGUACCGAUGUUAAUGAUGCAAACACAGUAAUUAAAGACCCCUCGACUGCAGUAAUUUCUUACUAUAAAUGGAAGGAAAAUCGAGAGUCAAUGGGAAGAAGCGACAAAAAUACAAAAGAUACUGUAAUUAUCCGCGCAGAAAAAAAUGCUAUUGCUAAACCUAUGGCACGGAAUCUUUCAGCGCCAAAUAUGAGACCACUGACAAGCGGAGCCAUCUCUGAAAUGGUGGUGGUACCAAACGUGAAACAAGCGUUGAUACGAACUGAACUGACACGUGAUGAAGAAGAACAUGAGGAUGAUUUCGAUGCAUUUGAAGAAAUCGAAUGUCAACCUGAUUGGGUGACAAGUUCACUCCGACUUGGCUCAACACGUCGAAAAAUGAGUAAAAAAGGUCUUGCUAUGCAACGCAUUCAAAAAGAAAUUGAACUCGAGAAACAGCGUCAACUUGAGAUGGCCAAGAAGAGACAACGUAAUUAUGUCACACCCACUUGA